GAAACGUAUGUUCAGCUACACUAAAUCCAUUUGAACAGUAAGGGAUAGUUUACGAUCAGAACACAACGAACUGUACUAAAUGAAGGACGUUUCGCAAGCUCUUUUCAUAUUUUAUUACAUACAAUAAUUUAGUUUUGAAACUCGGAAUUUCUAAGAGCUUAAAACAUCAGGACAUUCAUAAGGACAAAAAAAAAAAACCUAAAUGAAGGACGUCUCAAAAGCUCUAUUUAUAUUUUAUUACAUACAAUAAUUUAGUUUUGAAACUCGGAAUUUCUAAGAGCUUAAAACAUCAGGACAUUCAUAAGGACAAAAAAAAAAUCCUAAAUGAAGGACGUCUCAAAAGCUCUUUUUAUAUUUUAUUACAUACAAUAAUUUAGUUUUGAAACUCGGAAUUUCUAAGAGCUUAAAACAUCAGGACAUUCAUAAGGACAAAAAAAAAUCCUAAAUGAAGGACGUCUCAAAAGCUCUUUUUAUAUUUUAUUACAUACAAUAAUUUAGUUUUGAAACUCGGAAUUUCUAAGAGCUUAAAACAUCAGGACAUUCAUAAGGACAAAAAAAAAUCCUAAAUGAAGGACGUCUCAAAAGCUCUUUUUAUAUUUUAUUUCAUACAAUAAUUUAGUUUUGAAACUCGGAAUUUCUAAGAGCUUAAAACAUCAGGACAUUCAUAAGGACAAAAAAAAAAAAUCCUAAAUGAAGGACGUCUCAAAAGCUCUUUUUAUAUUUUAUUACAUACAAUAAUUUAGUUUUGAAACUCGGAAUUUCUAAGAGCUUAAAACAUCAGGACAUUCAUAAGGACAAAAAAAAAUCCUAAAUGAAGGACGUCUCAAAAGCUCUUUUUAUAUUUUAUUUCAUACAAUAAUUUAGUUUUGAAACUCGGAAUUUCUAAGAGCUUAAAACAUCAGGACAUUCAUAAGGACAAAAAAAAAAAAAAAAAAAAUCCAGGAGUGUUGAUUUUUAUCCCGAAAGAGUUUGAAAGCGAACGAAAAAAAAAGGCUUCAGGUCAAAACUGUCCGUGAAACAUUUCAUUCAGUGAACUUGAUUUCCUUGCGGAAAGUAUUUAUAAAGGGUUUUCGAGGAAAAAAAAAGAACGUACCCCGUGGAGAGGGUCAAAGUGUUUUGAACGGGAGCCACUCUGACGUCAUCUCGGAAACAAUCCGAUCCGAGGGCGAUUCCGGAAACUCCACUUCCGCCCGUUUUUGUAACGAGGCACCCUAGCGCAUCGGGCUUUGUUUCGGAACGCAACAGCCGCGGAAAUAGGGAUUAGAGUCCAAACCUUUCGCUCACUCUUCACCGAUCGGACGAAUCGGUUCGACGAAUAUUCUCUUUUAAGACUUUUUGUGUGUGUUUUUUUUAAAGAGACAUUAAGAAAGCGGUAGAUUUUUACGGAGGACACAUCGUUUAAUCGUUCGAGAUCAUUUACGAAAGCAGAAAUAACGACAAACGAGAUUGGUAUUUGAAAAAACAAAAAACUGUGCAGAAAACGAUGUACUGAACGUCCUUGGUAUUUGAAAAAAAAAAAAAAAAACUGUGCAGAAAACGAUGGACUAAACGUCCUUGGUAUUUGAAAAAAAAAAAAAAAAAACUGUGCAGAAAACGAUGUACUGAACGCCCAAACCGAUAAAACCUUACCCGUAGAGGGAUCUAAAAUAGUUCAUUCAGAAACAAGAGAUAUUAGGAGAGCAACUAGAUUUUUUUUCGCCGAAAAUUUGUUUCCUCUCGUUCAAAGUCGUUGACGACUCGCGGAAUAACGACCAAAAGACCAUCAUUGAGCAAACGUUGCGUAGGAAACGCAGUGUCGAACGUACAAAACGAAUUGCGAAUCUAAGACGUUCUAUUUGAAGAGAGAACUUCUUUGGAACGGAAUAAGACGGACGGAACUUGAAAAUUAAUGACCUUCGUUGCAACCUAACUGAAGAGGAGUCAAUGGAUUGUGGAACGGAAUAAUCAGAAUCCGGAGCAUCGAACGAAUAAAAUACCGUCUGCGAGCGUUUCCAUGGAGUGCGGAGAUCGUCGGUCCGCGAUGUCCGAGCCUUGAGAUCGUCUGCUGCCCGGGGAGGAAGGAUGAAGAUCGAACCGGAAGUGGCGUGCGCGCUCUACGCGUUCACUUCCUCCUCCGAGGGGGGCGGGGGCGGCGGGGGCUGCUCCCCGGUCGAUCCGGGGCGCAGUGCGCAGGAUCCAUCGAUCGCCGGGUCCGGGCGUGGCCCGUUCGACUGCGAGCACUUCCAGUUCAUCGACGAGGACGAUGCGGCCGAGACCCCCUCCCAAGCGACGAAGGAGGAAGGGGGCCCCUCCGGAGGGGACCCCCUGAGCACGAUGCUGCGCCCCGCGCUCGUCAGGAAGGGUGCCGCCCGGCGGCCCCGGGGCCGCGUCUCUUUCGACGAGGCCGUCGUGCUCUACGCGGAUGAGCACGGGGGCCCCCAGACGCUGGCGCUCACCACGGGGCCCGAGGCCCCGGAGGUCUUCUGCACGUUCGAGCCACCCGACGAGUACAGGGACGUGCCGCCCUUCGAGCCGCCCGCGGAGUACAGGGACAGCGAGGAGGAGCCGCCCCAGGCACGGGACGAGCCGCCCCCGGAACCGGAAGCAUCCGAGACCACCGCCAGCGGCGAACCACCGCUGGAGAUGACCCCCGAACCGGCGAAGGAUACAACCGCCACCACCACCACUACCACGCAGGAGAGCGACCAGCUGUUCGAGAGGUUCUUGGAGGCCGAGCGCGAGUUCGCCGCCGACGACGAACUGGACAGCGUGUUCCACGCCCUGGAGGACGAGUUCUCCAACUCGAAGGGUUCCAACUCCCUGGACGACUCCUUCUUCCGGAAGCUCAUCCACCUGCUGUCGUCCGCCGAGACGCCCCCCUCGGAGGAGCCCCCCGAGGAGGGGGAGGAGGAGGAGGCGCACUCCCGGACGCUGUCGGAGGCCGACUCCGACUGCAGCAUCUCGUCGCAGGACACCAUCAUCGUCCGGCUGGGCGAGGAGCCCGGGCCGGACGUCCCCGCAGACGACCCGGAGGCGGGCCGGACGGCGGAGAGGCCGGACGAGGUCUUCGCCGAGGAGGAGCAGCCGGGACCUCAGAAGGAGCAGCGCGCCCCGGCCGCCGCCAGGGGCGCCGGCGAGGAGGAGAGCCUGAGCCGGCAGAGCUCGGGCGAGCAGUCGGUGGCCUCGUCCCAGGAUCCGCCCCAGGACGCAGACGACUCGACUUCGUCGGACUCGCGGAGCGGGGAGGUGGAGGAGGAGAUCCGGCUCGACGACAUCGGGUACGACGAGGAGGACGCCGACGACUACGACGAGGAGAGCUUCCGCGGCAUGGCGCGCGGGAACUCCAAGAUCCGGCGCAUCAUCCGCAAGAACGCGCUCCAGUGCACGCUGCUGAGGGGCGUCGAGGCCAAGCGGCGGGCGCCCCGCCCCAAGUCGCCCCUCCUCUCGCAGGAGUCGCUGGUGGAGAAGCUCAAGUGGCUGACGACCGUGGACGAGGCCGGGGACCCCCCGCCGGGCCCCUUCCAGCCCCCGGACGUGAUCCUGUCGGCGGGGGGCCUCAACGGGUCCCUGCCCUCCUCCGAGGACGACUUCCGGCCCUUCUACCCGACGCACGCCCCGCCGCAGUACUACUUCCCGGCGGCGCACCACCCCUCCCUGCCGCGCCAGAGGACGGGCUUCCCGCCCGCGCAGCACACGCUGCCGCACCGCGCCCCGCCCUCCCGCCCGGCGCCCUGGCCCGAGCAGCAGCAGCAGCGGACGAUGACGGUGCCCAGGAACUUCAGAGACUGGAGGGUGAUCCAGCGGAUCAGCGCGGGCCGGGGCGGCGACGCGCAGCCCCGGCCCCCCGCCGCCCACGUGCAGGCCGACUACGUGCGCUGCGCCCCGAACGGCGCCUGCGCCCCGCCGCCCGACGUGACGGCGCCCGGGCGGGACGAGCUGGAGCAGUUCGCGCGCCAGGACUCUUGCCGCACCGAGCGCAUCCGGAAGCGCUACAGCGUGGCCGAGGAGGACGACGACCCCACCUUCGGCUUCGCGCGCCGCCCCUCGGUGCGGGGCGUGCAGGUGGGGGCGCCCCGGCCCCCGCCCGACCCCCGGAUGGAGCCCCCCUUCGAGGACCAGAGGCGCUCCGUGUACGGGGGCCCGGGCUGGGGCGGCGCCUACGCCCCGCCCCACCAGAGGGCGUCCGUGGCGCUGGCGCCCAACGCCACGCUCCCCUACGCGCACCGGCGGCCGCCCCAGGACCCGCGCUACCACUCGUACGCCGAGAGCGUGUGGGGCCCGAGCCCCUGGGCCCCCCUCCGGGACGAGAGGGGCGCGCCCGAGGGGGCCAGCUCCUCCCCCAAGGUGUCCUCGGACUCCCUGUACCACCACCCCGCGGGGCCCGACUCCUGCGGGGGGCCCUCGCCCCGCAAGGAAGACGGAGUCAUAUACUAUUCUCUGAACGUCUGACACGAGGG